AUGACCAGGGCCCUGUCUCAACCUGCAGUGAGCGUGGAGGAGGAGGAGGAGGAGGAGGAGGGAGGAAUGAGAGUCCGCCGGUCGAAGCUCGACGAGGGUUUUACCGCUGCUCCUCAGUCACAGGAGGAGAGGGAAGCUCCAGAUGAGGUCAGAUUUAAAGAAAAACCAGGAGACCUGAUCGAGAUCUCCCGGGAUGGGCCCUAUCAGCACUGGUAUUUCAUGAUGGAACCUUCCUCCUUUCCUCUUUCUUUUCCUCCCUGUCAGUUAUCUGGCUCGUCUGGGCUUCUGAGCAACAGCAACGGUAAGGUGGUGCAAGAGAAGCUUACCGACGUGGUCAGAGAUGACCAUUACCAGGUCAAGAAUCAGCUGGAUGAAAAGUACAAGGCUCGGGAUCCCUCUGUCACAGUGAAGGAGGCCUGUGCAAUGGUGGGCAGUGAGCCACAGUACAACGUUGUCACUAACAACUGUGAGCACUUUGCCAACAAGAUGCGAUACGGCGUGGCAGAGUCUCGUCAGGUGUGUAUCUAA